AUGCUAGCCGCCAGCGUCCCCAUUUUCCGGCGCUCCGUCGAGGACGGCGGCAGCAUCAACUAUGAGCUACCGUCGUGGUCGCUCUGGGUCAUUCUCAUCGACCUCGUCAUCUUUCUGCCUCUUCUCUUCUUUGCCGAGUACACCGUUGGCACCAUCUACCCCAUCUACUCCAUGGUCGAGGACGAGAACCCGCCUGCCUACGCCGCCCUCUCUGCCGAAGACGAGGAGCACACUACCGGCACCGCCCCCCCCGGUGCCCGCCUUGCCGACGGCGCCCCGCGCACCGUCACCUCGUCCCUGCGCGCCGUCACCCGCCUGCUCUACGCCGUCGUCGGCGUCCGCGGCUUCUUCCGCGGCAUCGUCUUCCAGCUGAUCCAGUUCCUCAUGGCCGCCGUCCUCGUCGAGGUCUUUACCCAGGCCCUCGGUCUCUACUUUACGCCCCUCGCCACCCUCCUCGCCUCCCUCACCCUCGUCCAGUUCUCCGCCGCCUGGGUCCACAUUGUCCUGACGCACCCCCGGCCCGGCGUGUCCCACUUUCGCCGGCUUCCGCCCUUUGCCCGCACCUUUGACGCCACCUGGCGGCCCGUUCUGCUCCAUUGGCUCGCCCUCGAGGUCGUCCGCUGGGUGCCGGCCGUCUUCUUCGCCGUCCUCGACAUCCACCUGCCCCAGUUCAAGGACAGUGGCCGCACUGAUGUCAGCGACGUCACCGCCGCCGACCUCGUCAAGCUCGUCGCCAUGGCCGUCGUCUCCGCCUUUGCCGGCAUCGCCCUCAUCAUCCCCACCCACGUCAUUCUCGUCCGCGUACAGGCGUCGCUGCUCCCGGUCGAGGACGACUCCAUCAUCCCCUUUGACCGCUCCUUCCAGGGCAAGGUGGAGCCGGCCGUCGCUGGUGGUCGUGGCUACGCCACCAUCACCGAGGCCUGGACCACGUUUAGUCGCGCGGGCUGGCGCCGUCUCAUCACCUUGUACAUCAAGGCCUUCCUUGUCACAAUGGCUGUCUACGGCCUCAUUGUCGCCGUUGCUAUCCCCGAGUUCCUCCUCAUCGUGCAGAAGACGGGCGACAACGGCGAUGAGCUGUAA